CACGGGGUUUCCCUUUUUUCUGUCAAUGGGUUUCCUUAAAAGCUACCCAGCAGAUCAGCGACCACUUAACAGAGGUGGAUGGCAGAUACCAUUCCUACAUCUCCCCAGGACCAGGUGGGGGACGUAUAAUAGCACGCCCACCACUGUGAGCAAAGCGUUUGGAGGAGGAGAUCAUGAACUCCUCAAGGCUUCUUGGAAAGGCUCUCCCUGCCCUUUGGACCACCGGCUGAUAAAAGGCCACUCAGUCCUUGUCAGAGGUGUGAUGAUGAAAUGGUUGGAUUAGACUCAUACAUGUAACACACGUUUUAAACUGAAGUAUCCUUCCAGCUAUGAAGUGACAUCAUUUACAGGAAGAUGCAUCAUCUCUGAAACAGGAUGCCAACAGUUCGCAGACAAGUAAGUUUCUCUCAUCUCUGAUGUACUGUUUUAUAAGGUUCGACCAGGGGGGACAAGCAUACAGUGUCAAUACUGUUACCAUUUUUUAACAUAUAAAUCCGAACAAUAAUUUAUUUCUCAUAAUAUAAUCAAUAUCUACAAGUAAUAACCUUUCAAAGUACACAGGAUGUGUUUUGUCACCAUGACCUUUUAGAUAGCAAUCAGCGAAUUAGCUUGAAAUGCCCAACCCUGUUACUGUCAACCCUCUUACUUUUCCAAAGUACGAGGUUUUGACAUGUGAGUGACAGGGAUGACAGACCAGUGUUUAUGCUAGUUUCACUGUCUUUAAAGGUUAGCCUUAUAAAAUUAAAACAUUUUUAAAGGUCGUCAUGUGUGUAUUAGUGAGCUAAUAUCCAUAUUAUUCAGUUAGGGUAGCAUAUGAGCAUCGACCACGUUUUUAGUUAGUACUGUUUGAUUCCCUGUAGGUGUAGGUAGAUGUAUCCUGUAGGUAUUUAAUGUAAUGCGAUGAUGUUACUGAGCUUAUUACCUUAUUUACAUAAUUUUGGCAUUAUUGUGUUGAUGAUUCUGUAUUAACACUCUAAUACACUUUUACAGAUUUAAUGGUAUGCCAUAAAGUGCAACGGAAAAGCAAAGGCGCUAUCAUGCUCAUUGAGAUGCAGAUCCUGAAGAAAGGGCAAAGUAGUCUACCUUGGAUGGGAGAAGAAGAAAUGGAGGAGAGACAGGGAGCAGGGGAAGAGAAAACCAUACAUGAGUGCAGUGAGAGAGAGCAGAGGUCACAGAGAAGAAAAUGGAGAGUAGCCCAGGCAAAGAGCAGGGCAGCAAAAAAGGCAGCGUCACUUGCAAACUAAGAGCCUGUUCACACCACCAAUGAGCCCAGAAUCACAGGAGAUCCUUAGCAAAACAAAUUUAGUAGAUUUUGUAUCAGAUUGCUUAUCAUUAUUGAAAAGGUCAUAUUGAGCUUUGUAAUUUCAUCAUAUGUAAAGACAAGGGAAAGGGAUGCUGUGUCUCACAGGACCACAGUUAAAAACUAGAAGUGAACAUUUAAAAUGCUCUAGUCAACUAGUUAAGUUAUACAUACACAGACAUACAGUGCAAACAGUGCAGCAAGGCAAAGGGCAAUACAUGCAAAGUAUAUAAAUAGAAGACCUAAGGCAUAAUGUCCAGACAACUAUGCUAGUGGAAUUUAACAUAUUUAUACCAGGUGAGCCUGAGUGGCAACUGCCUGAGUAACUACAUCAAGGUCCAUUUUUUGUUUAUGUUUAUAUUUUAGGCAAUGCGAAGAAGGAAGAAAACGUUCAAAAAGACACCAGAAGACACUGAAUUUAUUAAUAUUACACCUGGAAAGAGAGCUGCAAAAGAAAUGAAAAGAGAAGAAGAAAUUCAAGAAAAGAUACUAGCGGCUGCUGAAGAAAACACUGAGACAGAUUGCAAAAAUAUGUGCUGGGGAAAUAUAGUACAGAAGUAAAUACUCAGAAAGUGUGCAGAGAUGGUUUAUGGGUUCUCAAAGAAAAGGUGGAAAAAUUCUGGUAAAGACCCCUACACAUUCACAUGAAAAAGAAACACUGGCACAGCUGAUGCAAUUAAGAACUGUGUGAGGCUGUUCUUUGAGUGGGAUGAUGUGAGCCGCUUGACCACAGAGAGGAAGCAGACAAAGACAAAGAGCAAGCCUAAAAAGCAAAAACGAUUCCUCAUGGACAGAAUGUGAAAACUCACAGGAAGUUUUUGGCAGAAUACCCAAAAAGAGUAAUUUCUUACUAUUUAUUUUCUCACCUGCAUCCUUUUUGGGUGUUCAAUCCAACCAUGUCUGGGAGAGAGACUUGUUUGUGCAAGAUGCAUGAAAACCUUGGCUUUGUCACAAACAAGCUCUACCAUCUGAAGCUGCUAACUCACUGCAAUAUUGAGGAGUUGGUAGAACAGAUUGCGUGCAACUCCAGUAAAAAUGAGUGAGUGGUCAGUGUGAAAGGAGUAAGCUGAACAGCUUUCUCGUUAUUAUACCUUAUAACCCCAAAACCAUGGUCUCCCAGUCCCAGUGGGUAACAGAGGGAGGCAGAAGUCAGAGAGGGGCAACACUCUGUCAUUUAAAAUUACAGUCAAAAAAGAGACGGAGAGCACCAUGGAAGGCCUUAUUGAGCUUCUCAAUCAACAACUGACAAAAUUUAAAAGGCAUGUUUUUAACAUUAGGCAGCAAUUUGCCUUCACUGGAGCACUGACGAAAGAACUGUCCAGUCAUGAGUGCAUUAAUACACGUGGACUUCUCAGAGAAUUAUGGAUGCAAAUGUAGUUCUGUCCAUUUUGACAGUCCAAGCUGUCCAUUUUGGUGCUUCGUACCAGCAAGCCACUCUGCAUACCAGUGUCCUAUAUGUAGGAGCCAAUGCCCACCCCUCUCUGUUUCAGCACGGUGUCCUCAUCCAAUCACAAGGGUCCAGCUGCAAUUUUGGAACAUCUCAGGCCUUUGCUUUACUACAUCAGGCAGGAGCACCCAGCUGUGGAGGUGCUGCAUUUUCUAAGUGGUGUUCCCUGCAUGCUGUACCGGCAGCGUGGUAACUUCUACCUCUUCAGCACAGAAAUUUAUAAAAGCUUUCACAGAAGGGACAUGGAAUUUCUUUGAGGUGGACCAUGGAAAAGACGCUCCUGAUAGAGUAGGAGGAGCACUAAAGAGACAAGCAGAUGACCUUGUCAGCAAAGGCCUUGGGUCUCUGUUUGAAGCACUGGCCAGAAGAGAAACAUCAAGCUGUUUUACGUGGAGGAGGAUAUUUAGAUAGCGGUGCAGGCCGUGCCACAGAACAUCACACCUCAACAAUGCCCCUCCAUCAGAUAGUCACACUGGCAAGAGGUAGCCUGAUCUGCCGUGAUGUCAGUUGCAUGUGUGCAACUAUGAAGAGGCUUGAUUGUGAAUGCCAUGGCUCCCAGUUCUUCAGUUCUCCACAUGACCAAACUCCAAUCCAACUCAGUGUAGUUGACUGGACCAACCUAGAGGUUAUAAGGAAGUGGUGUAUGGUGAGAUAUGAUAGUGAACUCUACCCAGGGAUUGUGAUGGCAAUGGAUGCAUCCUACGCCCAGGUCAAAUGCAUGCACUGCAUAGGGGAAAAAAAUUCUGUUUGGCCUGUUCGAGAGGAUGUACCCUGGCAUUUCUAUGACGAUAUAGUUUGUUUCAUCCCUGCCCCGCUGCCAGUCACUAUCCGCCAUAUAGAGAUCCAGAGAGAGGUCAGAUGUAAUUCAGUAAAAUGAUACAGCCUUCUAUGUGAAAUAUGUUACUGCCUUUGCUGAAAUUUGCUACCUCCUUCACUGUGAAAAGGCUUUUCACUUUGAUACGGGAUGCUAGUUUGUAUGGUUGUUCCCUAUCUCUUUUACUGCUACAAAAAUGUUGUUAUAUGGUUACUAUUAAAGUUUUUUUUUUACCUCAUUGCCUUUGAUGAAAUUUAUUACCUCCUUCAAUGUGAAAAUGUGGCCUUUGAUAUGUGAUAAGUUUGUAUGGUCUUGGUCUCUUUUAACGGCUACAAAAAUCUUUUUAUAUGGUUACUAUAUUAAAUGAAAUGCUGUUAAAUCCUAUUAAAAUAAUAUCACUUAUGUGCAUUAUAAUAUGACUUUUUGUGAAUUGGUUAUGAAAAUAAUCAGUCUCAAUAAAAUUAUUUUUAUUCUAAAAUGCUUGUCAAUAAUGCAUGCAUGGAACUGCAAUGACAAAAAAAGAUUAGACCUCUUAGAAAUGUAAAGGUAAAACUUCGCAGUAGUGUGUAGACAAAGAUGUGUGAUGUACGUAGUAGUAUGUGUGUCCUGUCAUCUCUGUUACUCCGAUCAGUCCUGUUACCAUAACGUCAUUCCUGUUGUUGUCAUUAAAGGUAAAGUCAGCGAUUUUAAUCCAACACACUUUUUUUCAUAUAUUUCAUACACAGCCCUGGCUCUGGAAAUAUUUUGAUUGGGCCAUUCUUUCUAGGUUUCUCUUCUAAAAAUGUAUUUUUUCUUAAUAGAUGUGAUUGCUGUCCAAAAUUAGUGUGCUCUUGAUCAUCUGAAUGAAAAAUAUCAUAUUAGGAAAAAAAAUCCAAAAUCUGAAAAUAAUCUCAGUGAAAAGAGGGACUAAAGUACUGCCCAUAUAUGUGCAAUAGAUUACAUAUUUCUAAUUAGAAAUAUAGUAUAUAUGCUCAUGUCUGUAACAGGUUUUAGUUACAGACACAAGCAUACAGAUAGUUUUGACAAAUCUAAAAAUGUUUUACAUUGCCAUAAGUUUGCAUAACCAAGUAUGUAUACAUUCCCAUAUAGAGCACAGGAUCUUGACGGUGGUGCUUUAGUUGAUUUAUGUUUCAUUGUUAGUCAUGUGUCACUACCAAAAUUGCCACUGCAGCACAUGAUAAACUAGUGAGGUUUACUGUCUAUAAUCACAUAUUUAUUGCAAAAACACUGGGAGUUACUAUACUGCAGAGCCCUGUUUGGUGUUUACACAAUCUGACCCAGGGAGGGAGCACACCAACUCCAAACCAUGUGUACUAAUCUCAGGAAGGGGAUGUGUGCAUGUUUCCUACCAACAAUGCUCUACUCAGUGAGGCCAUUGUUAAAUCGGGCUGAGAAACGGAGCACAGGAGCAGGACAGACCUUGAAAAACCUGGGGAAGCAUGAAGAAAAGACUGUUGUGAAGUUGAAUUUGAGGCUGACUAGGUUGACUAUCUCACAUCUGGUCAGUGUUUUUAAAAGAGCAGUUCCAGUUUCUAUGACAGGGAGGGACCUAAAGUUACCUGUGGGUCCAGCAUGUAGACUGCUGCCGGCACUACCAUGAGCUUCACUGAGAAGUCACGAAAGUCUUGGAUUGAGGAAACCUUCUUCAAGAGAGAGUGUGUGAAGUUUAUCCCUUCUUCUCGAGACCUACACAGAUGUUCCCCAGUAUGUCAAGUUUGCCAAAACUUGAUCAGGUGCUGUUGUGGCCGCCUGAUGGUGGAGCACUCUUGGCAAGAUUCCCUUCCCCCCCUAUCUCUCUAUCCUGGUCCUGGACAGGAUGUGGAAGAGGACUGGUCCAUAAAGCUCCACACCAGAGCCAGUCCCACCAAUGCCUAUGGGACCAUAGACUUUCAGGACAGUGCGACACGUGUCUGUCGGGCCAAGUAUGUUCGUGUGGCUGUGGACUCAAAGCCAGAGAUGCUACUCCAACUGAUGCUAAGGGAGUGGCAGAUGGAGAGACCCAAGCUACUACUGACAGUCCAGGGAGGCUUAGAAAACUUCACCCUAUCUCCUAAAGUCAAACAGGCCUUCAGCAAAGGGCUGAUGACUGCUGCCCUCAGCACAGGGGCAUGGAUACUCACUGAUGGCAUUAAUACUGGUGUGUCUAAGUAUGUAGGCGAGGCAGUGAAAGCAUUUGGGGGCCACGACCUGAGGAAGAGAAACACAGUUGGGAUCACGCCGUGGGGAGUGAUUGACAAUAACACGGACCUCAUAGGCAGAGAUGUGUUCAGACCUUACCAGCCACUCGGGAACCCUCUGAGCAAGAGGGCCUGUCUUAAUGGUUUCCACUCCCACUUUCUGCUGGUGGAUGAUGGAACACUGGGAAAACAUGGCUGCCAGCAAGGCCUCAGGAGGAAGAUGGAGAAACACAUUCAACUGCAAAAGAUACACCCUCGACUGAACCAAGGAGUGCCUGUGGUGUGUGUGGUGGUGGAAGGAGGACCUGCCAUUGUGUCCACAGUGUUGGACUAUGUUAGCAAUGUGCCCCCUGUGCCAGUGUUUGUGUUUGAGGGAUCGGGCAGGGCCGCUGACCUGCUUGCUUUCUUACACAAGCAGACAGCUAUUGACAAGCAGUUGGAUGCAGACAUUAAAGAGGACUUCCUUGCCAGGAUUGGAGAUGUGUUUGGAGUCGAGAGGACAGAAGCUUCUCACCUCUACACUCUCCUCCUGCAGUGUAUGGAUCACAGACAGUCUAUAACCAUCUUUGACUCAGAAUCAGAGGACCAGAUGGCACCAGAUGCAGCCAUUUUGACCACUACACUUAAGGGCACCAAGGCCAGUCCUGCAGAGCAGCUGAGUAUGGCCCUAGCCUGGGACAGGGCUGACAUUGCACAGAAAGACGUCCUGGUGAAUGGACAACAUUGGAAGGUGGGUUCCUUGGAGCAGGCCAUGCUGGAUGCUCUGGUGAUGGACCGCGUCAGUUUUGUCAAACUGCUGAUUGACAACGGCAUGACUAUGAGUCGCUUCCUCACUGUGGAUCGCCUUGAGGAGCUCUAUAAUACGCCACAGGGACAGACAGACCGUUUUCUCCGCCACCUCGUUGAAGACGUAAAACAAACCUCUCUGCCCCUAGGUUACCGUCUUUCUCUCAUUGACAUGGGCCUUGUGAUAGAGUACCUCAUAGGAGGAGCGUACCGCAGCACCUAUACACGGAAACACUUCAGAGCAGCCUACAGCCGCCUGCAGGCCAAGGAGGGUAGACAGGACAGUUCUUCCUCCUUGUCAAAACAGAGACGGGGAUUGAUACCAAACUCUUUGAGGAGCAGGAGUCCCCAAGACCUGCAUUUCUUUAGAACUGCUCAGCCCUACAAACGCAAGGACCAAGAUGUGUCACCUGCAACCAGUCGAGAGAUAGUGUUGAGCCCUGGCUUUGGUGAUGCUCCGCUGCUUGUUCCCUUCAACUUCAACGACCUGUUUGUUUGGGCUGUGCUUCAGCAGCGGCAGCAGAUGGCACUGUUCCUGUGGCAGCAUGGUGAGGAAGCGCUGGCACGUGCCACCGUGGCCUGUAAGCUUUAUCGCUCCAUGGCCAUUGAGGCACGGCAAAGCAGCAUGGACGACAACAUCUCAGAGCGAUUCAAAGCAUAUUCACUUGAGUUUGGUCAGCUGGCGGUGGAUGCGUUAGACUGUGCGUUUCGUCAGAAUGAGCAGAUGGCCAUGAAGCUGUUGACUUCUGAGAUGGAGGUGUGGAGCCACUUCACCUGCCUGCAAAUGGCUGUCUCCUCUUGUCAUAGACCAUUUGUCUCACAUUCCUGCACACAGACCCUCCUCACAGAUCUCUGGACUGGUCCACUCAACAUGAGAAAAAACUCCUUUCUGAAGAUCAUUCUGAGCCUUCUUCUGCCGCCUGCUAUCUUGCUGCUGGAGUUUAAAAGCAAAGCUGAAAUGUGCCAUGUACCACAGUCUCAUGAGGCAAUACUGUUUGGACUUGACUCUGUGAAGUCUGUAGCAACCCAUGAGGAAGCUGAUCACGUGGGCAGUCAGGAUGCAGAGCGUGGCCUGUCGUUCCAAGACGGAUGUCUCGGUCCAGUGUCAGAAACUGUUUCCUCUAUGACCAUGCAGUGUCUUUCCUGGAUCAAAAGACUCUAUGAAUUCUACACAGCUCCUGUUGUCAAGUUCUGGUUCCACACAAUGUCCUACAUAGCCUUUCUGAUGUUAUUCUCCUACACCAUCUUGGUGGAGAUGGGUGAUCAACCAAGUGUUCAGGAAUGGCUGGUCAUAGCGUACAUCGUGUCCACUGCAGUGGAGAAAGUCAGAGAGGUUCUAAUGUCAGAGCCGAGAAAGCUGAGGCAGAAGCUGAAGAUUUGGUUCUCAGAGUACUGGAACAUAUCUGACUUCAUUGCCAUCCUCCUCUUCCUGGCUGGACUGGUGAUGCGUUGGCAUGCUGACCCGUAUCGAACGGCUGGGCGCAUCAGCUACUGCCUGGACAUCAUCUUCUGGUUCAUCAGGGUGACCGAUCUUCUGGCUGUCAAUCAGCAUGCUGGCCCUUACCUCACUAUGAUCACCAAGAUGACCAGUAACAUGUUCUUCAUUGUUGUGAUGAUGGCAAUCGUGCUGCUGAGUUUUGGGGUGUCCAGGAAGGCCAUCUUGUCGCCAGACGAAGAGCCUUCUUGGAGCCUAGCUCGAGACGUAGUCUUCCAGCCCUACUGGAUGAUUUAUGGAGAGGUCUACGCAACUGAGAUAAAUCCGUGUGACGAUGGUAAGCCAUGUCCUCCUGCUUCCUUUCUCACGCCGUUCCUCCAGGCUGUCUAUAUGUUCUUCCAGUAUAUCAUCAUGGUCAACAUUCUCAUUGCAUUUUUUAACAAUAUCUACUUUGACAUGGCAUCAACAUCCAAUAAACUGUGGAAGUACAACCGCUAUCGCUACAUAAUGACUUACCAGGAGAGACCAUGGCUUCCUCCGCCCCUUAUCCUCUUUAGUCAUAUGGCUCAAGGUUUGAGAGCCAUCUACAGGAGAUUUAGUGGAGAUGUUGAGCGGGAAGAGGGAGGCUCUGGACUUAAACUCUUAUUGGGCCUUGAAGAUCGUAAGAAGCUCCACGAGUUUGAAGAGAAAUGUUUACAGGUGUACUUCCAUGAGAAGAAUGAAGGUCUCCACAGCAGUCAGAUUAACAGGAUCAGAGCCACAGCUGAGAGAGCAGAGGAGAUGUGCAUGAUGGUGGGAGAGGUAUCAGAGAAGGUCAACUUCAUUCAGGACAGCCUAUCGGAGUUGGACUGUCAGCUGGGUCAACUCCAGGACCUGUCGGUGCUUGCUGUGGACACCCUAACGCUGCUCUCUGCUUCUGACAGCCUACAUCAGGAGGGGGCUCGCUUGGCUCAAUGCCGACCCAUCACAGUGUCCCAGCACGUCCUCCCUCACAGCUGGACCCUCCCGCACAGAGGUGGAGCAGACUGUGAUGUGCUUAAUAUGUGGCGACUGACGGCCAAGCCGUGUAAAAGUACUCCGCCUUCAUUGCUGAAGGGCCAUACUCUCAUGGGGAGUAGACUGGCAUCACAGGAAUGCCAUGUGGGAGCCAAGGGGAGUAGGGGAGGAAGACAAGGACACAGUGAGGAGGGAGAGGAAGGAGCAAAGGAGGAGGCACAUGUUGCUCACCAUCCCAGUGAGAUGUGGCCUGGAGUUUCUCGACCUGCAUCCCAUGCUUUCCUUUCACACCUUCAUGGAUGUGGCGUGCAUCUCAGUGGUUUCAGGGAUCAGACGUCCUGUGAGUCCUGUGGACCAUCCCGCUGUGGGUCUCCUCUUUCUUCCAGGUUUGGUGACAGAGGAGUGGAGUCACCACAUUAUAAACUCUGGUCCUGUGACCCACACCUGUACCCUAAUCAGGAAGAGACCUCCAUGGAAGAGGGGGAAGAAGGAGAAGAAGAUGAGGAGGAGGAACAGCAAGAGGAGGAGACAGAACAAGUGUCCAGAGCCUCUAGCAAUGUUGUCCUUCUGUCUGACCCUCGAGACAUCUCUGAGGGUUUAGUAAACCCUGCCUUUUGUGACGAUGAUAGCCAACAAAGUUCCAGCCAAUGUGGAAGACGUGUGAAAUCCCCCAGGUGGGUGCGUCUGACAAAGGACCAUCCCUACGGCCACUGCAGGUCUCUGUCAUCCAGCAUGGAGAAUAUGGCUUUCUCUGGGGCACCCCGCAGUCCAAUGAGGGGAUCAUUUCCUUUCCUUAACGAACCAAUGAACAAAGAGAGUUUGUCAGGUGGCCGGAGCUUUAAGGACGACACAUCACUACGAUGCAGCAGGAGCAGAGAGUGGUCCAAGUCUUCUGACUUCACUCAAGACCAAGACAACCGAAAAAGAAGUCAGACCAGGAAGACGGUCAAGAUACAAGAGAGCAGCCCAGGCACAGUAAACAUGCAGUCCCAUUUGUUUGAUGCCUGCUGGAGGAGGCGCCGAAGGUUGAGAGGAGAACCUACAUGUUGGUCGGCUUCAACCAGCCUCAGUCAGCUCAACUUUGAACCCAUGGAUUUAUUGCAGAAGCAAGUGUUUUCCCAUCAGGAUAUGUGGAGCUCUGCUCAUUCAGCAUGGAACAGCUGGGCCAGAUCCAUGAGCCGUAGGUCUUCUUUACAGAGUGGCAUCGCCUCUGAAGCCAAGAGCUCCUCAUUCCAGUCCACUGAUAAUCUGUAUCCACAUUAUUCAGCGAUGGAGAGAAACAAUCUGAUGAGACUGGCUCAAACCAUCCCCUUCACUCCUGUUUCCAUUCUGGGAGGUGAAGAGGUGAGCAUCUACUCUCUGGAGGAAGCACCCUCUGAUGCUGACCCUAAAUCCAACACGGUCUCUUCCUGGUCGUCACGAGGCCUGUCUGCCAUGCUGCAGCCCCUCUCCAGUGAAGAGGGCUCUCUGGAUGGGGGUCUCCGACGGGGCUGCAGGGUGCUGUGUACCUGGGCAGAGGGGGACGUGCUCAGACCUGGUCUGGUAUACGUGGUUAAAGCCUUCAGGUCGGAGGUGGUUCGUGCCUGGCAGAAGUACUUCCAUGGUAGCACAGCACUGCAGCUUUGCUUAAGGGAGAUCCAGCAGCAGAGAGCAGCCCAGAAGAUGAUGCAGGUGUUCAACCAGGUCAAACCGGGCGACAUGAACCACUCACCAAGAUUUCUAGAUGUUUCGCUGGUCCUCUGGCAUUCGAAUGGCCAGUGGCUGACUAUUGAGAGGAACAUGUCCGGUGACUUCAGGAAGUACAACAACAACACAGGAGAAGAGAUCACCCCCUUCUGUUCACUCGAGGAAAUGCUCCUAGCGUUCUCUCAUUGGACAUAUGAAUACACCAACAGAGAGCUGCUGGUGCUUGAUAUACAAGGUGUAGGUGAUCAGCUGACUGAUCCAACUGUCAUCAUGGCAGAUGACCAAAGUGGCAGCAGGGAUGAGAUGCUUUUUGGUCCUGAUAACCUCGGAGACACCGCCAUCAAUGGUUUCCUGCAAAAACACUCAUGCAAUGCCUGCUGUCGCAGACUGGGCCUAGCAGAUUUAAGGAGGCGUCUGGACAGCUGCGAGAACAGCGGUGAGGCCGAGUCGACGUCAGGGAAAGAAGAACAAGAGGACGAUUGAAACUGGCAUGUAACCUUUGACCUAGGAAGUAGGGAAAAAAGACACAUGCACCUUUACCAACACAUGUAUCGAGACAUGUCUGUCUGAACACACACACUGUCUUGGUGUCCUGCGUCAGCCCUGAGUCUAGACUUCGCCGUGGAAACAGGGUGAUAGAAGAGUGAUAUCUCAUCAUGAGUCAGAAUCUGUGACUGGACACCAGAGAUUUAUGUACUGUAACAUCUAUCAGGGAUGCUAACGUAUUCUUUCAAUAUAUUAAGCAAAUAUAAUGCUGUAUUCCAUGAAUCAUAAUAGCAAAUAAUUUUUUUUCAGACUUAACAUAAAUGUAAAUGACUAUUUGUAAACAUUUUUAUAUUGAGAGGAUGACAAUUACUGUUAUAAUACAUGUUAACGUAAUAGCUUAAUUUACCAAGGAUAAAACUGUUCCAUGUUUGGCUAAAAUAAAAAUUAUUAAAAUCUA